AUGCCUGGGCCUGUUACUCUGUUUUCAACUAUCGGUGCUGUAGGCGCUGCUGCCAGUGCUGUCGUCUAUGCAACCAAAGCUCAAUCGCUUCCAGAUCAGACCUCAUCUAAGAACAAUGAUAAUGUUGUAAUGGCCUCUUCUUAUUCAUCUUUCUCUAGCAAUAAGAAACUGCGUAUUGGCCAUCGAAAUGAUAUUCAUGUUCUUAUGUUCGUCGUCAGUAAAGACUAA